AUGGCAAUGGCAACGACACCGCCGUCUACCCCCAAGCAGGCUGUCACUGCCUCUCUCCGUGAUCUGUUCACGCCCCCACCUACGGUCCAUCGAGACGAGUGUGGCAAGCGCAAGUUUUGGAAGCAAAGGUUUCCACCUCUAGUCGUUCCAGCGGACGAACCAGAUGCUCCUCUUUUCUCGCCAUACGAGACUUCGAUUCGGUUGCCUGAUUCACCCUCACCUAUGAGCAAUUCUUUGGGAACGGAGCUCGACCGACACAAUGGCAAGAGGUCACGCUCUGUCACCGCGGUGGACGACGAAAGUGAUGACGAGAUUCAGUAUCUGCACACAGUGACUGCUGCGCCCAAUCGACGUCGAAAACUUGUCAAGGAUGAACCUGGAUCAUCAUGCACCAAGGGACCUCUUUUCAUGCCACAGGAUGAGGACGAUCACCAUGGACCAAAUUCCAUGCCCCAAGCUCACGCCACAAAGAAGCUCGCUUCGCCGGUCAGGAGCCACACGGAGCCUGAUGACGACUAUUUCGAGAUUCUCGGUACUCCAAGCACACCGUUGCGACAAGUGGACGAUGGUGAAGCUCGACGAGACCCAGACCAGUCCUGCCGAGCCUGCGGCUGUACUUGUCGAGCCAGGUCUCCCGUUGAGGAGGAAGAGAGGGCGAGACCAGUCCCAAGGGGAUCUGGUCGCCGGAGACUCUCCCGUCGAGUGAUGGGCAAUCUCCUAGGCGAGUUUGCUGCUGGGGAACCGACCAGCGCUUGCGAGAUUAUCCGCUGA